GCAGAGGUAUCGCGUACGGACGCUUCGCGUUCCCCACGGCGCUUGAGAUCUCCUCGAGUUGCGUGUCGAGCUGUGGUUAUUAAUAAUCGCAGGUUAAAAAGCUGCGAGAUGUCGCGGUUCGUGGACAAGCUCUCGUUCUUCGAGAGGAGGAGCUCGCCCAUGGAGGAAGCCGAGGACGUGGCGCGCAACGGCCUCCUCGGCCACCACCACCCCCUCUCUCCUCCUCCUCAUCCUCCUCCGCCGCCGCCGCCGCCGCCACAGCCUCCGGCGCCGGACUCCUCGCCCUCCGCCACGCUCGCCCAGCUCCUGAAGCGCGUCGGCGACGCGCGCAGCGACGCCUCCUCCCCGGCGUCCUCCCCGUCCCACUACGUCCUCGAGCUCGGCGAGGUCGCCGCCCCGCGACCCCCGCAGCACCAGCCCUUCGUGCUCUCCUUCACCGACCUCUCCUACAGCGUGAAGCAGCGGCAGGAGGGCGGCGGCGGGGCGUGCCUCCCCUACCGCGGCAGCAACCGGCUGGCGACGGACCCCAUCGCCGCGGGGGGCGGCGACGGGGCCCGGACGAAGACCCUGCUGGACUCCAUCUCCGGCGAGGCGCGGGAGGGCGAGAUCCUGGCCGUGCUCGGCGCGAGCGGGUCGGGGAAGUCGACGCUGAUCGACGCGCUGGCGAACCGCAUCGCGAAGGAGAGCCUGCAGGGCAGCGUGACCCUGAACGGCGAGACGCUGGACGGGCAGCUGCUGAAGGUGAUCUCGGCGUACGUGAUGCAGGACGACCUGCUGUACCCGAUGCUGACUGUGGAGGAGACGCUGAUGUUCUCGGCGGAGUUCCGGCUGCCGCGGUCGCUGUCGGCGUCGAAGAAGAAGAGCCGGGUGCAGGCGCUGAUCGACCAGCUGGGGCUCCGCGCCGCGACGAAGACCAUCAUCGGGGACGAGAUCCACCGCGGCGUGUCGGGCGGGGAGCGGCGGCGCGUGUCCAUCGGCAUCGACAUCAUCCACGACCCGAUCGUGCUGUUCCUGGACGAGCCCACGUCGGGGCUGGACUCGACGAGCGCGUUCAUGGUGGUGAAGGUGCUGCAGCGGAUCGCGCAGAGCGGCAGCAUCGUGGUCAUGUCGGUGCACCAGCCCAGCUACCGCAUCCUCUGCCUGCUCGACCGCCUGCUCUUCCUCUCCCGCGGCCAGACCGUCUACUACGGGCCCCCGGACGGCCUGCCGCUCUUCUUCUCCGAGUUCGGCAAGCCCAUCCCGGAGAACGAGAACCCCACCGAGUUCGCGCUCGACCUCAUCCGCGAGCUCGAGAGCACGAACCCCGCCGGCGCCGCCUCGCUCGUCGAGUUCAACCGCUCGUGGCAGCAGCAGAAGAAGCCGCCGCAUCCCAAGCAGCACAACAACAAUCACAGCAGUGCCAGUCCCAACAACGACAAUAACAACAAUACCAACAACAACAACAACAUGAUGUCGCUGAAGGAGGCGAUCAGCGCGAGCAUAUCGCGCGGGAAGCUGGUGUCGGGGGCGACGGACAUGGGGGGGGCGCGGGCGGAUCGGUCGGUGUCCAAGUUCGCGAACCCGUUCUGGAUCGAGAUGUGGGUGCUGACGAAGCGGUCGUUCACGAACACGAAGCGGAUGCCGGAGCUGUUCAUCAUCCGGCUGGCGGCGGUGCUGGUGACGGGGUUCAUCCUGGGGACCAUCUUCUGGCGGCUGGACAGCUCGCCCAAGGGGGUGCAGGAGCGGCUCGGCUUCUUCGCCAUCGCCAUGUCCACCAUGUUCUUCACCUGCGCCGACGCGCUCCCCGUCUUCCUCAACGAGCGCUACAUCUUCAUGCGCGAGACCGCCUACAACGCCUACCGCCGCUCCUCCUACGUGCUCUCCCACGCCGUCGUCGGCUUCCCGCCGCUCAUCUUCCUCUCCGUCGCCUUCGCGCUCACCACCUUCUUCGCCGUCGGCCUCGCAGGCGGCUUCUCGGGCUUCGUCUACUUCGUGCUCAUCAUCCUCGCCGCCUUCUGGGCCGGCAGCGGCUUCGUCACCUUCCUCUCCGGGGUCGUCACGCACGUCAUGCUCGGCUACACGGUCGUCGUCUCCAUACUCGCCUACUUCCUCCUCUUCAGCGGCUUCUUCAUCAACCGCGACCGCAUCCCCGCCUACUGGAUCUGGUUCCACUACCUCUCGCUCGUCAAGUACCCCUACGAGGGGGUGAUGCAGAACGAGUUCAGCGACCCCAGCAAGUGCUUCGUCAGGGGGACGCAGAUGUUCGACAACACGCCGCUCGGCGGCCUGCCCAACGCCCUCAAGCUGAACCUGCUCAAGGCCAUGAGCGCGUCGCUCGGCGUUAACAUAAACAACAACACCUGCAUCAUGACGGGCGCGGACAUUCUCAAGGGGCAGGCCAUUACCGAUCUCAAUAAGUGGAACUGCUUUUGGGUUACGGUCGCGUGGGGCUUCCUCUUCCGCCUACUCUUCUACUUUGCAUUGCUGCUUGGGAGCAAGAACAAGAGGAGGUAGAAGCGGCCACCGCCGCCGCCGCCGCAGCAGCAGCAGCAGCAGCAGCACAAGAAGAAAAGAAAAAGAGUUUUAUUUGGUUUAAUUUCUCGCGAGCUUUUUAAUUCUUUUGUGUUUUAACUAUAAGUUAAAAUAUAUGGGCUAUAUACACAUAGCAUCAUAUAUAUUUUAUGUAAGAUGUAAUAUUCACAGCUACACUUGCUAUUUUCGACUGCAUCAAGUUGUUCAUGAUGUAAUACAUGUGAAAAAUGCUUUUGCUUAAUUUGAGACUAGCUAGUUGCAUUUA